AUGGCCGACCUGGGGAAGAAGUACUGCGUGAACUGCCUGGCAGACGUGACGAACCUCAGGCUUCGCUGCACGGAUUGCCAGGACAUUGAAUUGUGUCCGGAGUGUUUCUCCGCCGGGGCAGAAAUAGGCAGCCAUCGGCGAUGGCACGGCUACCAGCAAGUGGACGGCGGGCGCUUCACUCUCUGGGGUCCCGAAGCAGAGGGAGGAUGGACCAGCAGGGAAGAGCAGCUGCUGCUCGAUGCGAUCGAGCAGUUCGGCUUUGGCAACUGGGAGGACAUGGCCGCACACGUGGGGGCAUCGCGGAGCCCGCAGGAGGUGAUGGACCACUAUGUCAGCAUGUACAUCCAUGGCAACCUCGGCAAGGCCUGCAUCCCUGACAGCAUCCCCAACCGGGUGACGGACCACACAUGCCCGAGCGGGGGCCCAUUGUCCCCCAGCCUGACCACGCCCCUGCCCCCGCUGGACAUCUCUGUCGCCGAGCAGCAGCAGCUGGGCUACAUGCCGUUACGUGAUGAUUACGAGAUCGAGUACGACCAGGAGGCGGAAAAGCUUAUCAGCGGUCUGUCCGUCAACUACGACGACGAUGACGUGGAGAUAGAGAUGAAGCGCGCCCACGUGGACAUGUACGUCCGCAAGCUCCGUGAGCGACAGCGGCGCAAGAACAUCGCCCGAGAUUACAACCUGGUGCCCACCUUCCUGGGCAAGGACAAGAAGGACAAGGAGAAGGACAAGCCUGUCCUGGGUGGGGGCGGAGUCGGUGGGGUUGGGGGCGGGAUCGGGGGUGGGGUUGGGUUGGGUGCAGCAUCAUCGGCACCUUUAGCGACCGUGGGCUCGUCGUCAGCUCCGGCUGUGCCCAAGCGCAAGAUCACCAAGGAGGAGAAGGAGCAGCGGCUAAAACUGCGGGCACUGUGUCAGUUCAUGGCCCAUCGGGAGUUCGAGGAGUUCUUCGAGAACAUGCACAAGGAACGGGCGCUGCGGGCCAAGGUGCGAGAGCUGCAGCGAUACCGGCGCAACGGCAUCACCAAGCUGGACGACUCUCUGGAGUACGAGGCGGCGCGGCACAAGCGUGAGAAGCGGAAGGAGAACAAGAGCGUGACGCAGUCAAAACGGGGAGGAGGGGGCGGGGCAGGUGGUGGGGGCGGAGCCGGAGGGGGCGGGGCCGGUGGCGUGAAGGAGGAAGGCAAGGAAGGUGAAUUCUCCGCCAUUGAGAACCUCUCAGGCUUCGAGCUGCUGUCGGACCGUGAGAAGGUCCUGUGCAACUCCCUGAACCUUAGCCCCAUGCGUUACGUGACGGUGAAGACCAUCAUCAUAAAAGACCACUUGCAGAAGAGGCAGGGCAUUCCCGCCAAAAGCCGACUGCCCAGCUACUUGGACAAAGUCCUCAAAAAGAGGAUCCUGAGCUUCCUGACGGAGAGUGGCUGGAUAUCGCGGGACGCCUCCUAGCAGUCACAUUCUGCGUCUCGUCGCUCUCCCUGCAGGUUCCAGACGGGCCAAACUACUAGACUCUAAUGCCAUUGUUGGUUCCUUCCAUCUUUUUUUCUACUUUCAUCUAGCUUUUCUGCUUGUAAAUUUGAAAUGUACAAUGUAAAAGCAAAGAUCUAUCCCUUAAAAAACUUAAAACACAAAGGGGGGGGGGGGGGUUCAGAAAGCUAUUUUUCCAGAUUGAUCAGAAUAAUCCUCGUGCGUAGCUCUCCCAGGCAGGCUUUGGCAGGUGAGCAUGAGAUCUGCCUGGUCAUUGGUAGCCUAGCGCUUCGCUAAGCGGCGGAUCUUGGAGACCCCCGGUCUGGGAGGUGGAUUCCGGAUCCACAGGUUGUAUGUUACUGUUAUUUUCCAUUAAAGUGUUCCGCACUGGUGCGCUACCGCAAGCCGGUUCUCAUUGUGGGGAUGCUCUUCCCCAAAAAGACACGAGUGUCUGUCGUCUGCAGCUGCGUUGCCUUUCCGUAGCAGAGAUGUUCCUGGAAUGAGGAUUGAGAACUUUCAGAUAUAAUGAAUGUGUGUGUGUGAGAGAGAGAGAGCGAGUGAGUGAGUGAACAGUUGAUACAUCGCAGCUUGAUCUUUGAGUUUUGUAACUCUUAAGUCGUCAGUGUAGCUCUAGAUGCUUUGGAACAAUUGUGGACAAAAUGUGUGUAGCGUACACAGGGAGCUCGGGGUCUCGUGGAGGGCGAUGACUUUGGUAAUGUGACAGCCUUCUUUGUGUUCUCCAUCUGCAGGGGCUUCUUGUUGGUCUCUGAUGAAAAUCACUCAUACCUCUUCUGAUCGGAGACUGCAGUUUCGACGCUAAGCUACAGAAUCGUUCAGUGCCUGUGAGAGAGAACUGUUUCCAAGGAAGCUGCUUUAACAUUUCCGCGGAGGGCAUUACGCUUUUAAUUUAUGCCGUCAAUGAAGCAAAAGGUGGACACAAAGCUCGAGUUUGCCAAACGGACAUGUUUUAACGUCUAUAUUGCUGGAGGCCAAGGUCCACCUGCUUCCACGUUGAUCGAUUGUAUUGUGAACCGUAGAUGCUGAGCUAUUAUUUGGUUUUAACAAAGCAUGUUCUAUUUCCUUAUUGGCUGUGGUAGUGCAUAGGCUGGGUGUACCAUCCAGAAAUUAGUCAAAGAAUCCAUUGUGUAUGUCUGUUACUGGUCUGUGCCUUCGUAAUUUUCCGUCCCAACGGCAGCUAUCAUGGUUCACUGUCUUCCGCGGCUCAUGUGGUCUAUGAGUUUAGUCAGUCCCGUGUUCCAAUUAAGAAACACUGAUCUACAGCUGUGAUUGGUUAAAACUGAAGCUGGGCGACUAUGGCGUGAACGUGUACAGGAGGGGUGGGGGAGUAGCAGGAAUGCUUUGGUUUGGGCUCAUUUGUGCAAUAACUUUGUGACUUGGCUAAAAACAGCUGCUCCCUAAAUCAUGUGGAAUUCAGCGUCUUGGUAACUGUCCUUAAAUGUCAGUCUAAAAAGUACCAAAAAAAAAAAAAAAACCUCAGUAUAAUUUGUCAGAAGUAAUUCCUGUGUUGACUUGUGAGAAUUUUAAGGGUCACUGCUGCCAUCUGAAUCUUGCAUAUUCUCCUUCAGAAGUCCGGAAUUAGGAAGGCGUGCGGGUUUCACUUAGUUUCAUUCCUGCUGCCAGCAAAAACGAUGGAAUAACCAAACCAGAGAGGUGCAGUGAAGGGAGGCCAGACUGUCUGAGAGCAGAUUGACUUCUGGGAGCGGCUGCACAAGCGUCACUGCGCCUUAAAGGGCCGGGACUGGUUUGCGUCAGGUCGGUGUCAUUGUAAUGCUAAUGGACAAGGUCACGGGGCAAGCAGUGCUACUUAUAAGGGGCACUGUGGUAACCAGUGCUGCGGUAAGCUUGCAGUUGGUGUUGCUAUGGGAAGGCGCCUGUGGGCCGUGGCGGUGUUAGCAUGCUUCAUUGGAAACGUGCGAUGAAGAGUAGGUGGAAUCUGGUGUACGAGUCGUUUAUGUGGGAUUCCCUCCUCCGGUGGAGGGUUUGGCAUAGCGGCCGUGUGAAACAGAAGUGAGCGGGUGCUGUCCUGCAAAGGUGAGGCAGGAGGGCAGGACUGGGCGGAGGCCCCUGUACUUGGAGGACAGGGGCUCCUUGUUGAAAGCGAGACCCCUGGAGUUGGGGUCUGACCUGACGUAGGACCACACACUGUGUUUAAGAGCAGCUGAUGAGGGCCAGUGGGGCUCGAACUAGGGGCAGAUACAUUGAAGAGAAGCCAGCAGACCAGCCGCUUAACGUUUUAUUUGCCCCAAACGUGUAUAAAAAAAGGCACAUUACCAGAAUACGGUGAAUUAUGCUGAGCGUCCGCUUCAUUAAUGAAGACAGACUGAAUGUGUAGAUCCCUGCCGUCGUUCUGCAGUGUCCCACGGGAUGCAUGCGCUUCUCAUUAAUGAUUUACCUGCGAUGCAAAGCGCCCUGCCGUCUGUGUUCUGUGGUGCUUCACUGUACUGUGAGAGCAUGUUAAGUAGCCAGCCGCUUACCAUCUGCAUGUCCCGACACGCGUGUCUAACCUAGUGAGCCUAACACGCUGGAUGUCUGCUAGCAAUGAUCGUUCACUGUUUGCUUUGUCCACUGUUUGUAACUGGGGGUGGGUCGGGAGGGGGGGUUGCUGUUUCGCAUUUUGUAAAUGCUCAGAUGUUUUAAUUUUCACUUUUUUAUUUCCCAAAGAUACCAGCAGUUAACAAAAAGAUGCUAAAUUUAAACAAAAUCUUUACAUUCUCCUUUCUGAUGUCUUACAUGUGAUUUCUUAGUUUUUCUUGCAUGUUAAGAUUGGGGGGGAAAAAAGUAUUAAUCAGCAGUGCAUUCAGAUCUGAUUGAAAUAAUUGGGUAAUUUAUUAAUUCAAAGUCAUUGUAAAUAAAAAAAAAAAAGUAUACCUGGCUUUUUCCAUGGAAAUAUUUUCAGUUUGUAUGUUAUUUCAUUGGGAAUUUGUCAAAUAUUUUAGAAAAUAAGUAUUUUUUGUAAAAUGAGUAAGACAGAGGACUAUAAAUGCUGAUUCAAGAAAUGUAAAGUAUUUUAUUUCCGGAACGUUUUUUACCUUUUGUAAUAAGUAAUAAAGAGUAAAGCGCAGAGGCUGUAGGUGUUGGGAGGCCCUCGGCCCCCGGGGCCCUUUGUGAUGUCAAAGCUGUGAAGGGAGGCAUCGGCGGGCCCCUCGCUCCAUCGCUGCACGUGGCAGGUUGUCAUUGUGUUUUGUAUUAAAGUUCACAUCCUUUA